CUGUCGCUUCUGUGCGAGCCAGAGAGCGGGAGCGCCGCUGCUGAUCAGUGAAGUGCGGAGAGGGCCCAGUGAGUGUGAAGCAGGAUUUCUCCAGGGGACACCGGGCAGUUCGAGUGGCGCUGAUCAUGGCUUCAGGAGACGCCGAUCUGAUGGAGGGAAGCAGCGGCUUCAGCAGCGACUCGGAGUCGGAGGCCGAGAGUGUGAGCGGCUCGGAGGAGCUGGGAGAGGAGGAGGAGGAGGAGGAGGCCUUCUCGGAUCUUUCCGAGGAGGAGGACCCCGCUCUGGGGCUGGAGGAAGCUGAGGCCGGGCUGGAGCCGUGUCCCGGCCCGGGAGCUGACCCUGAGCUCCCAGCGGAUCUGGAGAGACAGGUGAAAUUUCUCAAUAUCAUUUCCAACAUUGUGCUGGGCAAACUUUCCAAGGCCGAAUGUACCAGUUUGCUCCAUGACUCAGUGGAGUCUGAAUUUUUUGUGAUUGAUGGAGAUUCAUUAAUGAUUGAGCACAUACUUGACAGCACCUUUUGUGAGGGGCAGAAUUUGCACUUUUUCUAUUUGGUGGAACGAUUUUUAUUUGACAUCACUCAAAAAGGAGCAAAAUAUGUAAUUGUGUUUUUCAAGGAUGCUGAGUGUAUGUGGGCUAGGAGCCCCUACCAUCUUUCAUUGCGAACUGCAUUAAUUCUUCAUCUUAAGAACAACACAGAAAUUCCAGUUUACGCCGAAUUCUCCAACUGCUUUUCUUCAAAAUGGCAAGAAUUUUUGAAGGAAAAGUACCCGUAUUUCAUAAUGAUCAGUGACAAAGCAUUCACGUUAGCUGGCAAUAAGGGCAUGUCCAGCUACCUGUUGAAGAUCUUCAUUUUUCACACACUAGGAAAUGAAAUAAAUGUUGCAAUGACCUCUGGCAUGUAUUCCGAUGUUCGCAGACUUUAUGGAUACUACGUUAACAGUAAAGCUGUUGCUACAAGAUGUAAAAAGACCCAAAAAGCUAUGGAACCUGCUCACCGGGCUGUUGUGUCAUUUUUGUCUCAAUAUCGUACCAGUAAGCUGUUACUUGGUGGUGACCAAAAUAACAAGAGUGUCUCAGAAGAGGUGCAGCGGGACUUCACUCAGCUACAGUGUUUGUGGCCAGAUGGGUCAGAUGUAAGAAGGUCUGUCUGUGUUGUUUCUUGUUCAGUGGCUCUCAAGUGUUACAUGCGCAUGCUGAAAAAUGGAGAGAACCAUAAAGGAACUGGAACUGCUAGCAGUAAGGCAAAAGAUGAAAGUUUAACAUUUCAAGAGGCAGCAGACAUAUGCCGAAUGUAUUGUGCACACGUGGCCUUAAUGUUUCACUUACCAUUGACAAAACGAGCCCAGCAGAAAGUCAGUUUAAAAUGGGUGAAACCAGCUUCAGAUUUUCUGCAGUUGCUAAAUAUGAAUGAACAUUUUAUCCUAAAGAGCCUUGAUAUCACAAAGAGCUGGCGAAGUGAUAUGGUGCAUUUAUGUGACUUGAGUGAUAAACUACUUUUAACAAGAGUGGCUCUUUGCAGUAGAAUGACAGAUCAUGCAGAUUCCAGUUUUCUGGGAGAGGGAAUUGAAAAUGAAUACAAGCAAAUGUGGGACACUGUGUCCAGCUUAACCCCUGAUUGUGACAUUGGGAAGGCAUUUCCUUUGCAAACUACAUCAAAAAUGAUGGUGCAAGAGAAUGACAAUCAUCUGAAAGAAGCUCCAUUGGAGGUUAUUCCUGAAGUAGGUUUUAUUCCAGUAAACAUCCCCUUGGUUGAGGAAUAUGCUGGAGAUGUUUUAAAGAACUUCCCUAUAUUAAGCAGAGAUAGUUCUGUGGUUACAUCACUUUCUGAAAACAAAACAUUUGAUAACCUUUCGGAUUGGUUUUUGGAUAAACAGCUUAGUGAUGAUUAUGAAAGGACCAAAGCGUCAACAUUUGGAGAAAAAACAAAUGAUCCCUUGGUAAGAAAACGCAUGCUUAGAAGCUAUCAGAAGCUUGUCCGAUUUCACAGGUUCUAUGGAUCGACACUAGAGGGCAAUAUCACAAAGAACAUUAUCACCAAUGUGCAAGGAGCUACAGCAGCAGCACCAAAACUGCCCAGUGUCAUAAGCGGGAAAGGCAAAAAGUUACCUCCCAAGAAGAAAGCUGACUUAAUUGCUGAAGAAAACAUAAGGAAAAAGAAAGAGAAGGAAGAUCAGAAACAAAGGGAACAAUGGACUUUAAUUUCCAAAAGCAUUAUGAAAAUGAUUCAGGAGAACUUUGACCACGGAAUUAAAAAACUUGAAGAGUUUCUGAAGAAAUGCUCAGGUGACUCUGUAAAGCUGAUUGCAGAGAUGGACGUGCUUGAAAACUGCUUUAAAAUCUGGGUGGAACACUGCCAAAUGACAGAAAGCACAAAGAGAAACAAACUUAUAGCAGGUCGAGUGAUGAAAAGAAUUCACAAUAUUCUGGAUAAAUACGAGAAGAUGAUGGAGAAAAGCCAGCUGAAGCUGAUAGCUACAUAUCUCAAAGAGCUUGGAUUUAACAAAUUAGCACAGUGUAUCCCAGACAUUGAGCAGAAACUGGCACGUCCUAAAAAUUCCAAGAAAGAGAACCUGCUUGCAGUUGGUGUUGAACCUGCUCGUUUCCAGUUGAAAUACAUGGGUCCUUACUUGUUGCGAGAUGAAAGGAAUGAUCCAGAUCCCAGAGUUACUCAUUUCAUACCAGACACAUGGCAGCGAGAACUUCUGGAUGCAGUGGACAACAAUGAAUCUGCAGUGAUAGUUGCUCCAACCUCAUCAGGAAAAACCUAUGCCUCGUAUUACUGCAUGGAGAAAGUUCUACGAGAUAGUGAUGAUGGUGUAUUGGUGUAUAUUGCACCCACAAAGGCUCUUGUGAACCAAGUGGUAGCAACUGUUUACAACCGAUUCAGCAAGACUUUACCAGAUGGAAUGGUGGUAUGUGGGGUUUACACGCGGGACUAUCGGCAAGAUGCUUUAAACUGUCAGAUUCUCAUCACAAUUCCGCAGUGUUUAGAAAACCUCAUCCUUAAUGCUCAACGCCAAGCCUGGGUGAAAAAGCUUAAAUAUGUAAUUUUUGAUGAGGUCCACUGUCUCGGUGGAGAGAUUGGAGCCGAAGUCUGGGAGCAUCUUCUAGUGAUGAUUCGUUGUCCAUUCCUGGCCCUAUCAGCAACAAUCAGCAAACCAGAAACUCUUGCCCAAUGGCUUCAGUCAGUAAAGAAUUACUGGCAACGAACAGACAAGACCAUGGAGGACCCUGUAAAAGUUACUGGUGGGAAAAAGAAGCAGCAAAUGAAAAUGCAAAGAGACCAAAAAUCGUACAAAGUCAGACUGGUGGUCUAUGGAGAACGAUACAAUGACCUGGAAAAGUACGUGUGCAGUUCAAAUGAAUCGGGGCUUGACUUUGUUUCCUAUCAUCCCUGUGCUGCUUUAACUGUGGACCAUAUUGAGACGUAUGGUUUUCCUUCAGACCUCAGUCUGUCUCCUCCAGAGUGCCUCCGAUUAUAUGAUACAAUGGCUGAAACAUGGACGUCAUGGUCUCGGACACAGGAGCUUGAUCCGGAAGAAUACAAGUGCUUCAAGGAUAAAAUUGUUAUUAAAAAGAAUGAUGUAAGGAAAUAUGAGGCUGAACUAAAAAAAGAAUUGGAGAGAUGGAUCACUUCAGGACAGAAAGAUCAGGCUAUGGACGUGUUAGAGAAGCUGAAACCAACAAGUGCUGUGAAUUCUACAGCGACCAUGGUGAAGCAAUUUCCCAUGUUGGUUGAAGCAUUACAGAAAGAAAACCAACUGCCAGCUUUGUUUUUCUCAUUUAGUGUUUCUGUAGUAGAACGUUUAGCCAAAGAGACUUUCCUGCAUGUCACUAACAAGGAACAGCUGAAAAGAGGAUCGGAUGAUGCAAAAAAAAGAAUUGAAUUUGAAAACAAGCUUCGAAAAUUAUCAAAGCGUGCUGGGAAAAAACAACCUUCUGAUCCAAAGGAGUCCCAUGUGUCUGACAACAUGGUAAUGAAAGAAACUGAGCAAGAAAUGCUAUAUCAGAAACUUCAGGAAAUGAGAAAGAUUCCAGCGGACUGCACCUACGCAGUGGAAACUGCUGCAGACCGUAAGAUUCUGGAUACAAUCUUUCAGCGAUUGCAGCUAGUGAAAACUGCACAUCAGCUGCGCUUAUAUUUGGAAAGAGGCAUUGGAUUUCAUCAUGCUUCACUGAACAGCAAAGGAAGACAGGCUGUGGAGAUGCUGUUCAGACUUGGAUUUGCCAGGGUUGUGACUGCUACUGGAACUCUUGCUUUGGGAAUUAACAUGCCAUGCAAAACUGUUGUGUUUCUUGAUGAUUCGGUAUUUCUGGAUGCCUUACAAUAUAGACAGAUGUCUGGGAGAGCUGGAAGACGAGGCUUCGAUUUGAUUGGUAAUGUGGUCUUUUACAGUGUUCCAAUGCCCAAAGUACAGAGACUUCUCAAAGCAAGUGUUCCCCUACUUAGUGGUCAGUUUCCCCUCUCAGUCUCUCUUGUGCUUCGUCUUAUGCUGCUGGUUGCUAAAGCUGAGGACACGAUGGAUGCAAAAGCCAAGGCUUUGUCAUUGCUGCAGCAUUCUAUGUUGUGUUAUGAUAACCAGAAGAAACAGUUGGUAUUGAAGCUGUACUUCCUGUCCUGUUUGCAGUUUCUUCUCAAGGGGGGCUUUGUGGAUCAAGAUGGCACACCACAAGGAUUUGCAGAACUAGUGACCCAGUUGCAUUUUCAUGAACCUGCCAAUUUUGUUUUUGUCAGUUUCCUGGUAAAAGGUCUAUUUCACAAGAUUUGCUCUCAGCCUGAGAAAUCGACAGGAAAAGGUUCAGAACGUUUUUCAGAUGAAAUGAUGGAGUCUUUACUUUUGGUAUUAGCGAAUCUCUUUGGAAGGGUACAUCUUCCAGCGUGUUCUACUGAAAAGGACUGGGCUGCACUCCACCAGUCAAAGGUCUUCCUGGAGGAUCUUCCAGAAGAGUUUGCAGAUGCAGUCAAUGAGUACAACAGAACGAUGCAGGAGAUCUUUGGAUGUUUUCUUCUUUGUGCUUCAAAUCAAGCUGAUAUGGCGGAAGAAUGCCAUCUUCCUCUUUCAAAAAUAUCUUUUGAAAGCGAUCAACCUCUUCAAACUUGCACUAAAUUUGUAGCUGAGUUGACUGCAUCUGGAAAUCAUCCAACAACAGCUGUAGCUCCAUUUACUUGUUUAUCUGGGAUUACCAAUCUGGAUCUGUUCAAAACAUGUAAUGUGGACAAUAUUGCUUUACGGACUCUCGAACUUAGCUCAAGCAACAUUCCUGUGUUAAAUUUGAACAAGUAUGAUCAGCAAGGCAGGAGAAUGCCGCUGAAUGCUUAUGCCCUGGACUUCUACAGACAUGGUUCUUUAAAAGCUUUAUUAAAUGAGAACAUGUUGCAUUUGGGAGAAGCCUAUAAUGUCCUCAAUGAGUUCCAACUAACUCUCAGUUCAAUCAGCACCUCUCUCAAGGAACUGUGUGACAACAAAGAUGAUGUCGUUGUUUUGGCUUUUGAACAACUGAAAGAUACGUUUUAUCAGAAAUUCGAAAAGAUAAAAAGUUAAUACCAUUGCAAUUAGAAAAAAAAAACUGUCACCCACAAAUGUUUUGUGGAUUCUUGUUCCUGAAUGUAGGGGGGUGAAAACAUGACAAAAAUAUAGUUGUGAAGGGCAUAUGAAAAUUUUAGAAAACAUAGCCCAUUGAUGUCAACAAAAAAUAAAAUUAAAAAGUAGAUAAUUUAAUGUAUUGUGUUGAACUUUAAUUGCACUAUGUACAAACUAUUAAAGGUGGCCAGCAUUAUAAGGAAAUAACUUUUAAUGCAAAACGUCAUGCGGCUUCUGCACUGGAAUUAAUCAUAACAUGUAUCCCCAUUCUCUUUCUGUAAAUUUUUGGGUUAAAUCUGUGCUGCUUGACAGGAGGUGCCAAUCAUGUUCAUUGCCACCUGAAACAAUUGGGAAUUUGGGUACUUCUUGAGGUAGCACAUAGAAGUGCCAGUAUACUGUGCCACAAAGUGAUGUGACUUGAGUUUGCACCUAAGAUUUCCCACAUGCAGCAUUCCUAGCCUUGAACAUAAACCAAUCAGUUCUCACAGGGAAAUAUAGUUGGAGAAGAGUCAUCCUUGGCCUAGCUUCCAUUGACCAGUUUCAGUGACAUUGGGAGUGUUUCCUCUUUGUUAUAUCUAGGCAUUGUAAUAAGGCUAUCUUGUGCACAAUUGUUUCAUCCCUGUAAUUAUACUUAGAAUUCCACGAUUUCCAUGACACGGGCAAUAGAUUACUACAUGAAAGCCUGGUCCUUCCCUGCACGUAUAUUAUUAAAAUAAAACCUGAAGGCAUAAGGCCUUUAACUGCUCUCAACAUGCCUCCUAAUAGAUGGGACAAGAGCAGCAAUGGCAGAAGCCUCUCAGGUCGUAAAUACACAUCUAAGUUUCUAUGUUCUUUGGGGGCAGAAAAGUUAAGUGGAGUUGGCUGCAGCUUCCAUUUAGGAGAAAAGUGAUAUCAAAACCAUUCUUUUAAGAGGUAUUUUGCACCUUGUUAUCAUGAUUUAAGUUUCUGAUAUCUGUUUUUAAUAUUUUAAAGUGAUUUAAAUAGUAAGCACUGAGUAAUUGCAAGAGUUCAGCUUUUUUUAAAAAACAUAAAGCAUCUUUUUUUAAACAAUAUUUUGCUCAAAUAAAGAUGUUUUAAAAACAACCUGAUAUUUUUUGCUUAAUUGUAACACCCUAUUUGUCUUUGCUUACUGCAAACCAACUGCUUCCUUAUGGAAAACUGCUAAUAAAUGAGAUCCCUCCA